AUUGUUUGGUUGCGUGGGCUUGCUUGAAGGGUUCACAUCGGUGAGAGCGCGCUUUAGGUUUUUGUCACGCAAAACAGUUUGUAAUGAGCAAUUCUGUAGAUGAUUCAGAGAUCGAAACAAAUUAUCAUGAAAUUGUCGAUGGAUUCGAUAAGAUGGGAUUGAAACCAGAACUCCUCCGUGGUAUAUACAAUUAUGGUUACGAAAAACCAUCGGCUAUACAGCAGCGGGCUAUCAAACCCUGCAUUGAUGGUCGUGAUGUCAUUGCCCAGGCUCAAUCUGGUACAGGAAAAACAGCCACUUUCGCUAUCAGCAUUUUGCAAAGAGUAGAUGUCAGCUCGAAUUCUUGUCAAGCUCUUGUUUUGGUUCCUACCCGAGAACUUGCCAGACAAAUCCAAACGGUUGUGAAAAGUAUUGGUGCUUAUCUUAAUGUAAAGUGUCAUACAUGUAUUGGUGGCACAAGCACCACUGAAGAUGUAGCUUGUCUUCAACAAGGUCAACAUGUUGUUGUUGGUACACCGGGUCGUGUUUUCGAUAUGAUGAGCCGUGGUAUUCUAACAACAGCUGGCAUCAAAAUUUUUGUACUAGAUGAAGCUGAUCAAAUGUUGGAUCGUGGUUUUGAGGCCCAAAUUAAAGAAAUAUAUCGAUUUCUACCCGAAAAUGCCCAGAUCAUGUUGUUAUCUGCUACUAUGCCAAAACAAAUACUAUCAAUUGCACGUAGUAUCAUGCAAGAUCCUGUUCAGAUAUUAAUCAAAAAAGAAGAAUUAACUUUGGACGGUAUUAAACAGUUUUACAUCAACGUCGUCAAAGAAGAGUUCAAAUUGGAGACUUUAAUGGAUUUAUAUCGUGUCAUGAAUUUAAGUCAAGUUGUCAUUUUUGUCAACUCUGUACGAAAAGCUUCGGAUUUAUAUGCCCAACUAGUGAAUCGAAAAUUCGAAGUUUCUUGCAUCAAUAGUGACAUGGAUCAGAAGGAACGUGAUCGGGUUAUGAGUGAAUAUCGUAAUGGUGCAUCACGUAUUCUGCUGUCAACUGAUGUUUUGGCACGUGGUAUCGAUGUACAGCAAGUCUCUUUGGUCGUUAACUAUGAUUUACCUAGUAAUCGUGAAACUUACAUUCACAGGUUUGUUAUGCUUUAUUAUAAUCUAAUAUUUAUUUUAUACAGAAUCGGUAGAGGAGGUCGAUUCGGUCGUAAAGGAACAGCCAUCAAUUUUGUUACUGCAACAGAAAUGGAAGCACUCAGCGACUUACAACAAUACUUCAAUACAGAAAUCCUUGAGAUGCCUACUGACAUUGUUGAUUUCAUGUAACUUUCACCCGCCUGCCCCCAAAACAAAAACUCUAAGCCCACCUAUAUAUUUUAUAUUUGUUCCUAGCUAAACGAGUUGAAGUUUGUCUUGCUGGAUAUCUGGUCACUAAUUCUUUGUGUUUUUUCCAUCUAAUUUAUCCUGCUCUUAUCCCAUCACUCUCUAUCUCUGUCUCUUUGAGCAUCAUUGCUCUUGAUUCUUCAAUUUGUUCAUUAGGGUUCUUAAUUGGGCAAUAAAACAGAAUUUACAUACUGUGGAUUUAAAUGUCUGUUGUGUUUUGUUUUUUCCUUGUUAUUUCAUUUCAUAUUUGUAAAUUAUUCACAGUGGUGUUUUUAUUGCAUCAUGUGUGUAUGUGUGUGCUUGUGUGUUUAUCUUCGAGCCAGUAAGCCGAGAAAGCACUUGAAACUAUAGUUCGUGGUAAAUGCAUUUUGAGAUGUGAAUGGUCA